UGUUGUUGGUCGUGGAGCGAUCUUGUCCAAACGCGAACCGCAGCCAAAUCUUGGCCGUUGGCUUCUUCUUGCAACAACCAAACUUCUUUACCAAAGAUACCCAUAGUUAUAAAAGUAGUAUUGAAGAAGCAACCAUGAGCUCUCCUUCUCCCUCUACGUCUACGCCUACGUCUACGUCUCCCUCUACGAGUGGUUCUGUGUUUCGGUUUGUGGUCAAGUGGAUCCUCUUGCCGUACUUGAUUGGUUGGUUUCUCUCUGACUAUGUCCCCACAGAAGUGGCUGAUAAGGUUGUGGGUAGCAUCAUGGCUACUGCUGGUAGUAGUAACCAUCAAGUCAAGAAGGGCACCAAUGUGAGCAGUGUCUUUGCCAGUGCUACCAGGAGUGCUGCUAGUACUACCAGUAAUAGGGAGUUGGAGGAAGGCUAUGGCGAUUUGUGCUGGCAGCGCUUCCUGGCUUCCUUGGACAUGAAUGAUGCCAAGAGUGUGCAAGAGCUGCAAGAGUUGCAAGCAAAGCAAGCUGGACAAGGAGAUGGUGAAGAAGGAGAAGCUGAAAAAACAGGAGUCAAGCUGGUGCUGCAUCAUAAUGGCAAUGUCCAAGGCUGUGGCAGUUCUUGGAAUUUUGUGGGCGACCUACGCACCUCUCUCAAUCAAUUGGCCAUGGGAGAUGAGGAAUGUCCAGUGGCGUUCACCAAGUACGAAGUGGAGAGUAUUCUCACAAGUGUCUUUCAUCAGUCCAUGGGAGCUUCUUGCUUUUCUCAAGAAGCAGACAGACACGAAUGGGAGGGAUUCCUCGGGUACUGUGACAUGGGAGAACCAAAAACACCCAUUCUACUCGAUCACAAAAAAUUGGUCCCAGUUUCCAUGGAUGUCAUUACCAACAACAACAACAAAAAGCCAGAAACAAAAACAUAUCUCCCUUGUCACUUUCAUUCCAGAGAAGGAGUCAGACUCACUUCCUUUCAAAAGAUUGUGCAACGCAUUGUACAAGCAUAUCAAGACAAUAAUAACAACAACCAGGAGUGUCAGCAGGAACCAGAAAAUGAGGAUCCACAACAACAACCACAACAAACUUGUAGUACUACCGCCGAACAAGAAAAACAGGUCGGUGUCUAUGCUGUGCCAGCCGGAAGAGUCUUCAUGUUUGCACCCGCCUAUGUGGGAGAAAUCUUUGACCUUCCUCAUAUCCAAGGAGCCGAUCCCAGUGUGCCAGUCUACAUGAAGGUACUGUCCGUAUCACCCAGAGUCUUUGAUUUAUUCAACUACUUCACCAGAGACGAAUCCGCCGGACUGGUCGAAAAGGCAAUUCGAGAAACAUCCGACUCACAUCGGAUCAAACGAUCCUCCACGGGGGCUUCCGGAUACAAUAUCAAUACGAGACGAACGUCGGAGAGCGGUUUCGACACCCAUGGCACCAUCGCUCAAGCCGUAAAGAGACGAUGCUUUUCUGUCUUGGGAUUCGAUGAAUACAUUGAAGGACACUCAGAUGGUCUACAGAUUCUUAGGUACAACCAGACAAAGGCAUACACGGCGCACAUGGACUGGAUCGAUGAUGAUGGGAAACAGGACCACGAUUACAACUCGGCAGCAAAGGGAGGCAACCGAUACGCAACAAUCUUACUUUACAUGACCGACUUGGCAGAAGAGGAUGGUGGAGAAACAGUCUUUGUCAACGCCAAACCGGCCAAUGACGAUGGUCUGACCUAUAAGGAAGCUCUUGCGGAACUACGAAAUUCCGAACAUGGCUCUCUCUUCAAGCAAAACUCAUGGGAGGAAAAAAUGGUGGCAAGAUGCCGUACUAGUAUGGCCAUUCGACCCAACUCGGCACGUGCUGUUCUGUUUUACUCGCAGCAUCCCAAUGGAGAGCCCGAUACUGCAUCCCUCCAUGGUGGAUGUCCUGUUAUUACAGACACUCCCAAGUGGGCGGCUAAUCUAUGGGUUUGGAACACUCCGCGAGCUGGUUUUGCCGGUGCUCCCGUGAACGAAAAGCGCAUGGCAGCAAAGAAGAGCAAGGGAGAAACACCAAGCAUGCCAUCAGAUACUCCUCAACAGAAGCAUGUCCAAUUCCAAAAUAGUGGAAAAGAUCCAGCCUUUGAGAAUGCAGAGCUAUUCUACAUGGAUCAAUACUGGGGAAGACUGGGUGAUGGAGAUUCUCCUCAUGCUGUCAACUCCUACGAGGGACAAGUUUGGAACAUCAAAGUGGAUGGAGUCAUUAAGAAAACAUUUACAGUCGACAAGAAGCCAGUGCAAGUGUAUACAAUCUAGCUAGUGACUUGGAGAUGGCCAACUGCAAGGAAAGAAUCAUGGAUUGACCGAAACCGAGACAACUGGCAACAGGCAGAGCACGAAUCGAAUCAUCACGAUGAGCAUGAGUAAGGAUACAUUUGAUAGUCUGAAUAUGCAUUGAUUGACACAUCUACGCGUUGUAGCUAGGCAAACCCCAUACUAGCUAGCUAGUAGCAAUCAGUUUCCUGCCGGUGAUGGGCAUGCCCCGUUCCUGGCCGACGUAAAUAGUCAGCUGUGCAUUCCUUGCAAUAACAUAUAACAUGAGCGAAGGAUGCACGGCAACACUAUAGCUUUAUGAUAGUCCUCCGGAACGUAGCGGUAGCGGUAACAGCGGGGAACUAGGACAUGGUACAGGUAUCACCCCAAGCAGGCGACCUUGGCUGGUGGAGACUGUGAGGGACCAAACAAUACAUCGGAAAGCAUCGGAUACCAGUAAACCGAAAAUAGAGAAUCGCUCAUGUUUGGACAUUCCUUCGUUUUUGCCUACUAGUACACGAUCUACUGGCCAGAAGCGACAGCAGUAGUUCGAGCGUUCGGAUUCGUGUCCAGCUGCCUAUCGGAAAGUGACGAUUGUUUCGUUGGGCGAUGUCAGUAAUAAGCUUCAACUGCAAAUGCAUGAUUUCCGUAUUUCUU